CAUGUUUCUUCAGCCAUGUCUGUCGCAGUCAUGAGCUCACCCGAGCUCGCAGUCCACAAAAGAAAACGGUCCAACUCACCUGACGACGACCUCCCGCCAGCUAGUCGUAGACGCUCCAAAUCACCUCGUUUACUCCCGAAAGUCAUUGAUAUUGACCCUGUACGACGGGCGGAGCGGGAAAGACAGCUGGCGGUAAAGAUGGCCGCAGCAGAGCUGGACAAGGGCAAGGAAAAGCCGAAUGAGAGGGAGAAGGAGCUGGAUGCCCAAGCCGAGUUUGCUAAAUUGGUUGGGUCGCGGUCCGGUGGUGUCUAUAUGCCUCCCGCUCGUCUUCGCGCCCUCCAGGAGGCCGCCGCGUCAGACAAGUCCAGCAAGGAAUAUCAGCGCUUGUCAUGGGACGCUUUGCGCAAGAGCAUAACUGGUAUUGUCAAUCGAGUCAACAUCGUCAACAUCAAGGCGGUGGUACCAGAACUCUUCGCUGAAAACCUCAUUCGUGGGCGCGGCUUGUUUGCUCGGAGCAUUAUGAAGGCCCAGGCAGCAAGUUUGCCCUUCACCCCCGUUUUCGCGGCUCUCGUGGCUAUCAUCAACACCAAACUUCCCCAGGUUGGCGAGCUGGUAUUGUCGAGGUUAAUCAGCCAGUUCAGGAAAGCCUUCAAGCGGAAUGACAAGAUCGUAUGCCACUCCACGACCACCUUCAUUGCCCACCUUGUCAACCAAGCCGUCGCCCAUGAACUUGUUGCGCUCCAAAUCAUCAUGCUUCUCAUCGAACGCCCCACCGACGACUCCAUUGAGAUUGCCGUUGGCUUCAUGCGUGAAGUCGGCGCAUUUCUCGCCGAAAACUCUCCAGUAGCCAAUACAAUCGUCUUUGAACGCUUCCGUGCCGUCCUUAACGAGAGCGCCAUCAGUCAACGAGUGCAGUACAUGAUCGAGGUGCUGAUGCAAGUUCGAAAGGAUAAGUACAAGGACAACCCGAUUCUGGGAGAGGGCCUUGAUUUGGUCGAAGAAGAUGAACAAAUUACGCACGAGAUCGAGCUGGAAGCGGAGCUGCAGGUACAAGAGGGAUUGAAUAUAUUCAAGUUUGAUCCCAAUUACCUCGAAAACGAAGAAAAGUACAAGCAGAUCAAAAGCGAAAUUCUAGGCGACUCUGACGAGGAGUCUGGCUCAGAGGAAGAGUCGAGUGAUGACGACGAAGAUGGGGGAGUCGUGGAAAAUAAAGAGGGAAUCGAGGAUCGGACGGAAACAAACCUCGUCAACCUCCGUCGGACGAUUUACUUGUCCAUUAUGAACGCGCUUAAUUACGAAGAGGCGGUCCACAAGUUGCUCAAGGUCCAACUACAGGAGGGCCAAGAAAUCGAGCUUGUCAACAUGAUCAUCGAGUGUUGCUCGCAGGAACGGUCCUACUCGACUUUCUUUGGCCUUAUUGGGGAACGCUUCAGCAAACUCAAUCGCGUCUGGACAGAAUGUUUUGAGCAGGCGUUCAACACCUACUAUACGACCAUUCAUCGCUACGAGACCAACCGCCUGCGUAACAUCGCGCGUCUCUUCGGCCAUCUUUUGUCCAGCGAUGCGAUUUCGUGGCUUGUCUUGGAAUGCGUCAAGAUCAACGAAGACGACACGACAAGCAGCAGUCGUAUUUUCGUGAAAAUCAUGAUGACAGAGCUGAUGGAGAGUAUGGGGCUCAAAACUGUUGUUGAGCGCUUCAAGGACCCUGAAAUCAAACACGCCUGCGCUGGGAUGUUCCCUCUCGACGUCCCGAAAAACACUCGAUUCGCCAUCAAUUAUUUCACCAGCAUCAAUCUGGGUGCGCUGACCGAGGAGAUGCGCGAGUACCUGAAGAAUGCGCCGAAGAUGAUUAUGGAGCAGCGGAGGGCCAUGUUGGAGGCAGAGUCAUCUUCGUCUUCAGAUUCGGAUUCAAGUUCCGACUCGGACUCAGAUAGCGAUUCUGAUUCGAGUUCGAGUUCUUCGGCGGCGAGUAGGAGAAAUGCACGUGACCGAGACCCUCCUCCAAGAAGAGGUCGGGACGACACCCCUCCCCGGAGCAGAGCGCCGCCUCCAGCUGGCCGAAAUAUGGAUGCAUCGCCACCACGUGAUAGUUACGGGCGGAGGGAGAGACCUUCUCCUCCGCGUCACCAUGCUCGUUCCCGCUCCUACGAAAAAUCGCCUCCUCGCCAUCGGGAUUCGCGCUCUCCGCCCCCGCCAAGGAGGCGAUACGACUCGCGGUCGCCACCACCGAGAGAACGUGACCGUGAUCGCGGCUACGGCCAUGGCUAUCGCAGGAGUGUCUCUCCUCCAAGACGGCGCGAGCGGUCACCUGACUCCCCACCAAGACGCAGACAGGACUCACGCGAGAGGGGUUACCCGAGGGACGGCUACGAGCGGCGUCGAUGA